CUGCUCCAUCGUCCUCCCCACUCUCUCUGCCUAUCGCAUCCCGCUCGCCAGUCGAGCCCUGACACUCUCUUCUUCCCUUCUUUCCUCUUCUCUCAUUCUCCAUAUACAGUCGGCCUUCCGCUCCUUCACAUCGCCGCCGCCGCCGCCGCCGCCUCACGUCCCUCGGUCUCCUUCUCCUGCGCCCGUUGCGCUCUACUUAUGCCCCCCUACGGCUCCGUGAACUCGCCCUCUCUUCGCAAAAUGGAAAGCGGUUUUGGUCACAGCAGGCGAAGCUCCGGCUUCUCCGUCGGUCGCAUCAUUGGUGACCCCUUUGCGCUCGCAACCAUCUCCAUCGGAUUCUUGGCCUGGCUCAUCGCUUUCAUAAGUGCCAUUAUUGCCGCCGUUCCUCGAGGUAGCGGCUUCCCCAACUUCGCCUGGUGGGCCUUGGUCUUCCACUUGUUCUGCAUCGUGGGCGUCACCGUAACCGUCGCCUCCGAGUCGGAGCACACCUACCACGUUGCUAUCGUUGGUUUCCUCGCUGCUGGCCUCGUCAACACCACCUCCUCGGUUAACUUCCUCGUCUACUCGCCGAAGCCCGCCUUCGAGGCGGCCGCCGCGGGCUUCAUACUGCUCUCCAUGGUUUCGAUCGUCUGGAUCUUCUAUUAUGGAUCUCAGCCACAGGCCAGCCACCGUGCCUUCGUCGAUUCUUACGCCCUGCAUAAAGAGCGACCCACCUCCAAUGUUUCCCGCCAGAUGUCCAACACCUACGGCACCCCGCAAGCCGCAGCUGCCGCUAACCCUACUCCGAAAAUGUACACUUCAGCUCAACUUAAUGGCUUCGAAACUUCUUCCCCCGUAUCCGGCUAUCCGGGAGGUCCCAUUGGCGGUGACACCAGAGGAUCUACAGCACCGCGUUUCGGUGGUAUCACUCAACCCCCAGUGGAAGAGCAACAGCAGGAAGCACCUAUGGAGUACCCAUACCGCGCCAAGGCUAUAUACAGUUACGAAGCGAAUCCUGACGACGCCAACGAAAUCAGCUUUCAAAAGCACGACAUCCUGGAAGUCUCGGACGUUAGUGGUCGCUGGUGGCAAGCCAAGAAACCAAAUGGCGAGACUGGAAUUGCUCCGAGCAAUUACCUCAUCUUGCUAUAG